AUUGGAGGAGAAGCACUCCAUGGUGGUGGGCAGCUCGGUGGACAACAGCCUCUUUUUGGAGCUUUCCUCCACACCUCACCUCUCCCUAGAUGGGGGAAGGGACAUCAUGUGUGGAUUCAGUCAGAGUCCAGGAGGAGGGUGGGAUAGAUCAGAGGCUGGGAUUCAUGGAAGGGAGGAAACAGCUUGGGAGAAUCGUGACCGCUGGCCAACUGUCACUGUGUUCUGAGGAACAGAGUCCUCAGCCUGGCAUCACCAGGCCCUCACCUGGCGGGGAGAUCUCAGGACCAACAGAACCAAGUGAGGAGGCCCAUCCCCAGCCUCCAUCCACCAGCCCAAAGAGGAAGAGAGACUUGUCAUCAGAUUCUGAGGAUGACCUGGCAGAGCUGCUAGAACCUGAUCCUGAGCCGGUGUGGUCAGUGGAGACAUUGUGUGGGCUCCGGAUGACGCUGAAGAGGCGGCACGUGUCUACAGUGAGACCUGAACACCACAAGGUCUUCACCAGGCUGCUGGAGGAUCCUCUCGUGAAAAAAUUCCUGGCCUGGGACAAGACGCUCAGAGUGUCUGAUAAGUACCUCCUGUCUAUGGUCAUAGCUUAUUUCAGCCGCGCUGGGCUUUUCUCCUGGCAGUAUAGGCCAAUCCACUUCUUCCUGGCUCUGUACCUGGCCAAUGACAUGGAGGAGGACAACCAGGCCCCUAAACAAGACAUUUUUUACUUCCUCUAUGGAAAGAACUAUGCCCAGCGCCCCAUGUUCCACAAACUGCGGUUCCAGUUCAUUCGAUCCAUGGGCUGGAGGAUCUGGGUGUCUCGGGAGGAGUGUGAAGAGAUCCAGGCUUAUAACCCAGAGCUGUGGGUAUGGGCACGAGAUCGAACCAGCCUGACCUAGAACCCUGGAACCCUAGAGGCCUGAGGUCAUCGGCCCAAGGAAGAUCCCUGCCUGAAGGAGACACUCUAUGCCAACAUUAAGGACUGCUGAGGGAGAGGAGAGAGGACUGCCUUCCACAGGAAACUAGAAGAACCCAGACUCUUCUAGAAGGAGUGGAAUGGAAUCCCACACUGUGUUCCUGGGAGCAGGAACACAUGUA